CUUCUUUCUAUUUUAGCUGGGCUGGACACAAAAUCUGUCUCCCGCCCUCGCACACAUUCCAGAUAGAACUAAAACAAAACAACAAAAAUUCUGAGAAAAACAAAUCAAAUGGAAAUGGAAAUCGAAACGGAGGAAGAAUCAUUUAUUUCAUCACUUCCGACUAAUCUUCCAAAAGAGCUACCAAAGAUCCACCGUCUAGACGAAUCCGUGGUUAAUAGAAUCGCAGCCGGAGAGGUUAUUCAACGCCCAGUCUCCGCCGUCAAAGAGCUAGUAGAGAACAGUCUCGACGCUCGCUCUACUUCCAUUAACAUUGUGGUUAAAGAUGGCGGCCUUAAGCUCAUUCAAGUCUCCGACGACGGCCACGGCAUUCGCCGCGAGGAUUUGCCUAUACUGUGCGAGAGGCAUACUACUUCGAAGCUGUCGACGUAUGAGGAUUUGCAGACUAUAAAAUCGAUGGGUUUUAGAGGAGAGGCGCUUGCUAGUAUGACUUAUGUGGCUCAUGUUACGGUUACUACCAUUACUGAAGGUCAGUUGCAUGGCUAUAGGGUGACUUAUAGAGAUGGUGUUAUGGAGCAUGAUCCUAAAGCUUGUGCUGCUGUCAAAGGGACUCAGAUUAUGGUAGAGAACUUAUUCUAUAACAUGGUUGCUCGAAGGAAAACACUACAGAAUUCUGCUGAUGAUUAUUCGAAAAUUGUGGACUUGAUAAGUCGGUUUUCCAUUCAUCACACAAAUGUGAGCUUUUCAUGCAGAAAGCAUGGAGCUGCAAGAGCAGAUGUCCACUCAGUAGCUGCAGCAUCAAGGUUAGAUUCUAUUAGAACUGUUUAUGGGGCGUCAGUUGCUCGCAAUCUACUGAAGGUAGAAGCCUCAGACAGUGAUUCAUUUUUCAAAAUGAAUGGAUUCAUCUCAAAUUCUAACUACGUAGCAAAGAAAACAACAAUGGUUCUCUUUAUCAACGAUAGAUUGGUAGAUUGCACUGCUUUGAAGAGAGCUCUUGAAAUUGUUUAUGCUGCUACUUUACCUAAAGCUUCAAAACCUUUUGUAUAUAUGUCAAUUGUGUUGCCACAUGAGCAUGUUGAUGUGAAUGUGCAUCCAACCAAGAGAGAGGUAAGCCUUCUGAAUCAAGAAAUAAUUGUGGAGAAGAUACAGUUGGCUGUAGAAACAAAAUUGAGGAGUUCAAAUGACGCAAAGACAUUUCAGGAACAGAAAAUGGAUCUUUCUCCAAGUUGCCCGGUGGACACAAGCAAGGAUAAAAAUGUUGAUCCCUCACCCAGCGGGUCGAAAUCGCAAAAAGUUCGUGUGAAUAAAAUGGUUAGAACUGAUGUGCUAGAGCCAGCAGGAAGGUUGCAUGCCUAUUUUGAGGCCAAGCCUCCUCACCACCUUGAAAAGAAUUCUUCCCUGAAUGCUGUGAGGUCCUUGGUUAGGCAAAGGAGGAACCCGAAGGAAACUGCUGAUCUAACAAGCGUACAGCAGCUUAUGGAUGACAUUGAUCGCAACUGUCAUUCUGGUCUACUGGACAUUGUACGACAGUGCACUUAUAUUGGAAUGGCAGAUGAUAGGUUGGCAUUGCUUCAGCAUAAUACUCAUCUAUAUCUGGCAAAUGUAGUAAAUUUAAGCAAAGAACUUAUGUAUCAACAAGCAUUACGCCGAUUUGCACAUUUUAAUGCAAUACAACUAAGUGAACCAGCUCCCUUGCAAGAGCUCAUUAUGUUGGCCUUAAAAGAGGAUGACUUGGAUCCAGAAUCAAAUGGAAAUGACGACUUAAAAGAGAAGAUUGCAGAAAUGAAUGCUGAAUUGCUCAAGGAAAAGAAUGAAAUGCUGGAGGAAUAUUUUGGCAUCUGUAUUGACUCUCAAGGAAAUUUAUCUAGGCUUCCUGUAAUACUUGACCAAUACGUUCCCGACAUGGAUAGAAUUCCUGAAUUUGUACUUUGUUUGGGAAAUGAUGUUGAUUGGGAUGAUGAAAAGAACUGCUUUCAAGUAAUUGCAGCUGCUCUUGGAAAUUUGUAUGCUAUGCAUCCCCCUCUAUUGCCCAAUCCAUCAGGUGAUGAUCUGCAAUUCUACAAAAAGAAAAAAUCCUUAAACAAUCUCGGAGAUGAAGAAGCCGUCACAACUAUAGGUGAUGUUUCAGUUGAGGAUGAAAUUGAGCAUGAACUGCUUGCUGAGGCAGAGACGGCUUGGGCUCAACGUGAAUGGUCAAUUCAGCAUGUCUUGUUUCCUUCCUUGAGACUUUUCUUCAAGCCGCAAACUUCAAUGGCUGCAAAUGGAACAUUUGUUCAGGUAGCUUCAUUGGAGAAGCUUUAUAGGAUUUUUGAGCGAUGCUAACGGAAUGAUUUUUGUUGCAAAGGAUUAUGAGAAAGUCAACGUAAUUCCGAGUUAUUUCCUUACAGAUUAGGCUAACAUAUGUACUCCUUUUGGCUUUCAUAUAGUUGCUGCUCAUUGUGAAUAUGUUCUCCUUGAAAAUUAGUCUAAAAGUUUAUUUGGUGAGCAGCUUGAUUGAUAUGUAUUUUUGAAAGCAAGUUGACACUGCACAUAGCCAGCACAAAAGCUAAUUGAUACUACACUUAAAGAAAGUUAAAGAAAAGGAUUUCAUAUUCAAGUUAA